GGGCAUAGUAUGCCUGUCAAUCAUUCUCUGAACACAUGGGAGAGUGAGUUUUCAUAGACAUCAUAGAUAUAACAAACUGUGCUGGACUUUAAGUAUUUGGAAGCAGUUUUAUCACCAGACAGGACUCUUAUCUGCAUGUGCUUCAGCUACUCUGAAUGCAGGAAGUAGAAAUGGAAGAUGAAGAGCAGACAUUACAGUAAUUGCAUUCACUUUUUGUCCUUAAGAAAUUUUUUCGGACAGAAAAAACAAACAGGAAGAGAGAGAGAGAGCAGGAUGUGGAAUACAAUAUCCACACUCUCCAGUCUUUAUGGAAACUUUUGCAUUCACUGUGUCACAGUGACUCAGGACUCCCAUUAAAAAUAUGCUGAUUUCUGUCACAAUGACUGCUAAAUGCAUUGCUCCAGCUCUAUUUUGAAAUGUGUGGUGGGUUUGCCUUCCAAAAUGGCAACCUGAGAAAGUGUGGGAUGCAGGACUGUGCCAGGAUAGUGGAGAAAUUAAACAUCGAUGGAGCUCAAUUUUUGAAUUUAUCAGAAUAUGAAAGGAACAGAUUCAGUAUAAUGGACCAGCCACAGCUUCAAAAGAUAGUACAUGAUAUCAAGAAGAAUGAUAGUGGAAUAAUGAGCAAGUUCAAAAAGUUCCAAAAUGAACAAGUGGCCUUAAUAUGCAAAACUGGAAAAAAUACUUGGGAUCGGCUAACAAGUAAACCACCACCCAGUGUACCACCAGUAGAUUAUGUUCCAGAAAAUGCAGACGACGAAGAACACUGGUCAGAUUUUGAUAGUGAUUAUGAGAAUCCUGACUCUGAUUCUGAGAUGUACGUGGUGCCCACAGAAGAGAACUGUGAAGACAGCUAUGAACCCCCUCCAAGUGAGAAGGAGAACAAGAAGAUACCCCCAGCAUUCUCAUUUCCCACAGGAGAAUACAUAGAUAAUCAACAUCAACAGCAGCACUCUCGGCCCAUUACCAAGCCACUGCCCAACCUGCCAAUGCGAUCAUCUAAACCGAAGACACUGCCUACUUUGCCAACUCCAUCUGCUGCUCCAAGACCAAAAAUCCCACCUAAACAAAAGGAAUGCACUGAUGAAGAGGCAGAUUAUGUUGUACCAGUAGAUGAUGAAGACGACAAUUAUAUUGAGCCUACAGAAGAAAGCUCUUCACAGCCUGUUAAACCUCCAGUGAACAGAAACGUCAAGCCCACAUUAAAACUUGAUCCUCCCAGCAAUUCAGCGUUGCCGCCGCCACCUCCUCCUGUGUCGCCUUCCAUGCAAGAUGUCUAUGAAAUUCCGGAGGAAGAGGAAAAGGCAUCGCCUCCAUUACCCAGGAUUUCUAAGCCACUUCCUCCAAAGCCUGCCCAGAGACCGGGAAGGAACCCUCAGCUACAGAACCCAACCACAGAGUUAUCUAAGCCAGAUAUACCCAGAAACAUUUUGCCUCUCCCUAGAAACUACCCUCCACCAAAAAUCGAGCCUGAUGGCUUUGAAAUACAAGAUGAUGAGAAUCACAACAGCAAUGGAGCUCAGGAAUUCAAGCCGCCUCCUAUUACAGUCCCUUCUCCAUUUCCAAGGAUUACGAAAAAGCUACCUAUUCCAGCAGUACCAUCAAAACCAGGCCUCCCUGAUAGAGACCAUCUAAGUAUUCAUGAAGAUAAACCUAUACCAGCUGAACGCCGCCGAGGAUCCAGUCACGAUAUCCCUCUUCCACCCAUACCAUCUAGUGCCCAAAAGCCAUUGCCUCCAAAGCCACCAGUCUUGCUAAGAUCAGGAGAACCGGCAAACCGUACCUUAGUUACUCCACGCAACAGCAUUCAACAAGGUGGAUCUAAUAUACUAGAGCAGAAUGCUGAUGUUUCUGGUAGAGCAUGGUAUAUGGCUUCCAGUGAUCGGAAAACAGCUGAGGACGCAUUAUACAGAUCAAAUAAGGAUGGAUCUUUCCUAGUAAGGAAGAGCUCUGGACAAGACUCAAAGCAACCAUUUACACUAGUAGUGUUGUAUAACAACAAAGUAUACAAUAUCCCAAUACGAUUUAUUGAAUCGACAAGACAAUAUGCUUUGGGCAGAGAAAAAAGUGGUGAAGAGCGGUUUGACAGUGUGGCUGAAAUAAUAGAAAAUCAUCAACGGCAUUCUCUUGUUCUCAUUGACAGUCAAAACAACACAAAAGACUCUACCAAACUAAAACAUAUUACUAGAGUUUCAUAACAGCACUGAGAAUACACUCUGGAAAAAUCUUAUGCCCUCAUUUUGCAAGAGUUUAAGCCUGAGCAUUUGGACAAGAAUGCAAAGCUACUUGGACAAGAAUGCAAAGCUACAACAGAAGAAUUUCUUCCAAAAGCUUUACCAGCAACAACCUCUGAUAAACCCACAUAAUUUUGUAAGCAAAGAUUAAUUUGGAAUAAAUAGUUUUCGACUUUA